UUACAACUGUGAACAGUCAUUUUUUAAAAUGGCGGGAGUAGGAAGUGGAUGGCCUAAAAGCGAACGUGCUCUACUUUGCAUGAAGUACUUUCUCUUUGUGUUCAACGUUCUCUCUUUUUUAACAGCUGUCGUCAUUCUCACGCUUGGAUUAUGGAUCCGCUACGAUUGGGAUUUCAAACAUUACAUCCUAGAAUUGCGACUUUACCAAUUCUGGACAGGAGUUUAUAUAUUGAUUGCUGCAGCUUCUAUUGUUAUGGCUAUUUCUUUUCUUGGUUGCUGUGGAGCAAUAAUGGAAAACCCUACCGUUCUCGGUCUGUACGGUGUGUUGCUCAUCGUAUGUUUCCUUUUGGAAAUCGCUGGGGUGGCUUACCUUUUGAAUAAUGGAACAUUGUGGUCCAAUGUAACUUGGUGGCUACGCGACCGCUUCUAUGAGCUAAUUUACGUAAGCGACACUAACGCAAGAGAAGCUCGAAUCUUACGCAUCAUCCAAGAAGAGAUUGGUUGCUGCGGUUCGUACAGCUCGCUAGAUUACAUUAGAGUUUACAAGCCUGUGCCUAAUGAGUGCAGAGAUAAAGCGACCGGGAAUGAAUAUCUUGACGGGUGUUACAUUCGAAUGUCCCGGUAUCUAGAGGAACGCAGUGGUUGGAUCGCUGGGAUAUCCUUAUUUCUUGCAGUCUUGCAAAUUUUUGGCAUUACGGCAAGCCUUACUAUGCGGCACACCCUACGCAAGCUUGAAAGUGAAGGAAAGGUAUAUAAUCCUGUGAAGAAGUCCAAAGCCUAAAUUUUUCGUUGCAUAUUUUCCAUUCACAUUAUUUUGAAGCAUUUAGCUGCUUAAACACGAUUAAGUCUAAUAGAUUUCAUUUGAAUCACUAUCUUAUUCAACAUAUUGCCGACACAUUAGUAAACAAACCAAAGAAAAUACACCGCAAGUUGUGAACAUA